AUGGAUGAUGUAUUUGAUAAUGAAAUAUCUGAUGUUCAUUCAGAAUUAAAAGUCGGAUCAAGAGACUGGGAACGUCGUGCUGGAGAAGUUUAUAGUGCAGGUAUACGGGAAGGAUGUUUCGCUAAAAAUGACACUAUUUUACAAAAACAAUUUGAUAUCGGUAUCGAACAAGGAUUCGCAUCGACGUUUGAACUAGCAGUUUUAAGAGGACGCUUAUCAGUAAGGUUAUACUAUUCAACGGGUGAAGAAAAAUCGAAAAUUAAAAAUCUUGUUAAGUCAAUUGACGAAAAAGAAAAACAGCUUAUGUCACUUGGUUCUGUAGACAAAGAUAUCACUUACCAACAGCUUGUACGUGAGGCUGAAAUUCUUCUAAAAUCCUAG